CCUCCAGCUGGAGCGUAUCUAGGGCGCCUGCAAGGACUUCCCUCCAGAGCGACGGUUGGGCUUGCUCGCACUGCUUCCUUUCCUGAGACUCCCAGCCCCAUGAUGCACGGCCAGCUGUCGAUCCCGGCUCCUCUCUGCCUGCUCUGCGCCCUCCUGCUGCUGCUACCGGGGGUCCCGGCGACGAUUCCCGGGGGUCUUUUCCCAAAAUCCGUCACGGAUCCGGAGGUGCGGCAAGCCGCCGCCUUCGCCGUGGAAGAAUACAACGCGCGCAGCGCAAACGGCAACUAUUUCAAGGAGUUGCUCUUGGAGGACGCGCAGUCCCAGGUGGUCGCAGGGGCGAAAUAUUAUCUGACGAUGAAGUUGGCAAAAACCGACUGCAAGAAGGCCGUUGGCAACCGGAAGGUGUACAAAGAGAUCCAGAACUGUGAACUCCCUCCGAGGGCUCAGCAGGAGGAAGUAACUUGCCACUUUGAAAUCUGGUCCCGCCCUUGGCUGAAACAGAUCGAGAUGACAAAGAUGAGGUGUAACUAAUCUGCACAGCUGGGAUGGACUUACGAGAUGACCCCAGCAUGGGCCAGUGUGUCCAGCGGUCAAAAAACAUCUGGGAUCACAAGCUGAAUUUACAGGAAGCGUUGCUUUUUCUGUCAUGUAUGACCUUUCCCAAAUCACGAGUAAAAAGCCUUAAGCCCCAGUUCACAUUUUCACGACAUGCAGUGUAUGUGGGCGUGUGUGUAUACCAUAUUUUCCG